UGAAUGCCUCUGGUGGGAGCCUAGCAGGAAGUGUGACCUCAUUCUGCUUCUCUGCCUCUGGUUUCGCAGGCUGUUUUUGAAAGAAAACAAGAGGGUGGGAAGGCUGACUUUCCCAAGAACUACAUGGGCCUCUGUUCUAAGAAACAGCCCGGACGAGAGGCUGCAGAAGACAAAACUUCUCUGCACAUUGCUGUGUGUGUAUAAGAAGGGAGGAAAAGGCUUCCUUUGUUGUGAGAUUUCUACACCUGUUGGCAUUCUGAUGUUCAGCCUUCGGUUGAAAAAUUGCUCAGUUCUCGGCUUCUCCUCCGUUGACUACAGAAAAAUCUGUGAAGCUUGAACAAGCGGCCUUCCCAAGAUGUACCGAAUAACUCAACUGAUGUCAACACCAGUAGCAAGUAAAUGUCCUUGCAAGUCGGACAGACAAUCCAUUGGAGAGCUGUCUCCCAGGAGCCCCUUUCCUAGUUUUUCCUGUGAUUUCCUGGACGGUGAGAGUUCCUUCUCAUGCUGCUCCAUAGAUCCCCUGUCGGGCUCCCACAUCUGUCGGCGAAGCCCCCGGCUCCUCACCAAUGGCUACUACAUUUGGACAGAAGACAGUUUGUGCUGUGACAAUGAUGGCCAUGUAACACUGAGCCCAUCCCGGACCAGUGUUGUGUACAAGGAGAACUUGGUUAGGAUAUUUAGAAAGAAAAGGAAGAUCCGCCACUCCCUUUCACCUCUCUUUGAUCUGGGUGCCUCUGAAUCCUGGCUGCAUGAAAGUAUUUUUGACAGUGAUUCUUCCCGGAGGGAAGAAAAGUGGUUAGAAGGAAUCAGGAGUCUGGAGACAUACGAUUGCAAUCAAAAUGGAGAUGAUUUUGAUUUUUCCUCUCUGACUGAUGACUGGGAAUCAGGGAAGCUAACUGCAGAGACUGCAAUGGGCUGUUCCUCCAGCCACACCGUACCUCAGCCGCCAAGAGGAACUUCCCAGGAGGUGGGGCAUCAGUCCCAAUGGCCAGCAUCUGCAGAUUUCCAAGACAGCCCAUUGGCUCAUUCAAUGUUUGGAGUGUCUCUCCCAUCUGUUCUACCUGCUGCUCACUGAAGUUACUCCUACUCUUCCUCAAGAGCCUCACCCAAUCUCCACUUUUCAGUGGACUAUGAGGCUCUAGGUAGACAAAGCGUCCUCUUCCCAGACGUCCUUCACACGUCAGUUCGGAGUGUGUGUUCUGCUCCAGGUGCGAAGCAGGUAGAUACACACACAGCAACAUCUACAUUGGACAAGACUUUCUGAAUUCCACUGUGAAAACCAAUUUACCAUGUAAUAAUAAGUAAUAGAACUUAAUGGCUCAUAUUGGUGAAAAUUCCAGGCACAGAGUCAAAGGUGCUCUUGGUCUGUGCCUUUAGGUGUCUCUUGUCUUCUGCAGUAGCGUUGUUCUUUAAAGGAACUUCUCUGCUUGGUGGUGGCAGGUGGCUCUGGGUCUGUAGCUUUCUCAUUUCCCGUCUGGCAGGAAGGGACCUUUCUGCAUUAUGACAAGAUUAAGAUUGAGUUCUGUUGGUUCGGGCAGGGUCCUAUCCUCCUGACAGAACUGAUCACCUUGUUGGCAAGUUCACAGAAUUCCAAAGCAUGGGAAUUGGUUCAGUGCUGUGAGGGAAAUCAGCGGAAGUCUGUUACUCCACCCAGCCAGUGCACUGAGAAAGACAGGGGGUUCCCCAGGGAAAACGUGGGUGGUGUCCCCACAGCACAGGAAAUGCACUGUUCUCAACAAAUAAGUUUUAAUUUAGUACAAAAUGGAUUUUAGCUUGGUUUGGUAAGAUCACUGACAGAAAUGAGAACAACAUAUAGUGGGAUUGCAGGGAGAGAACAGCUAGUGACCUGGCAAGGUCAGGACAAUCAGGGUGGGCCUCCUGAAGGAGGUGAUACUUGAACCCAGUCAAAAAUCGGCAAUAAAGUGGGCAGCUACUUGAAGGGAGUCAGUGCCUAACUCAUCUGAAUUCACACAGGAUGCACAUUGUUAGAGUUCAAAGUUAAACCCAUUUGCACUUCAGUAUCCAAGUCCAAGAUCUCUACAGCUUUUCUACCUAGAUUUAUUUCUGUGAAGAGAUGUUUUCCAAAUUCCACUUGAAAUCAGGAAAGAUUAAAAAUAGAAGCACAUUUUAAAAGGAUAUUGUGUAUUUAAUUGAACCCACAAUAACUUAUUUAAUUCACAGUGUGCCUGAAACACUGUGCAUUUGCAGUGACAUAAUUUCCUCCUGCUGUAUUUUGGGAUUCAAUCUUCAGUUUUCCACCCACAUUAUGGGCUAAGUAGGUUUCGUUAGGUGAUUCAAUUGUCAUUCAUAGCAGAAAUAGCAAAAAGUAAUCGCAUUCAUAGCAUAACACCAUUCCAGAUUUGAAACAACCACUGCAUGAUCGAGCCU